UUUAAAAAGCCUGUGAAUUGUAAUGUUUUCUCGUUAUUUUACUUUGAACUCAAACUUAAUUUGGAAGAAGGGAUUACUUCCGAUCAGAAAUCUUUGGCAUUUGGUCUUGUCAAUAACAGCGAUACAAUCAAAAUGUGGCCACUUAGUAGCAUUAUUCACUACCAAAUCCAAGGAGAGAAUAUUCCUCAAAGUUUCACACUUGAAAAUUUCACUUGGAGUGAUGACGAUGUUGUUGGUUGUUGUGUUGUUUAUCCAGCUUCAAGGCUUGAGAAUAAAAUGCCAUACGCUUUCUACACUCAAAAUGGAAAGCAAAUUUGUAAGGCAAUUGUGUUGGAAGGAAAUAAUGAUUAUUACCAGCCGUUUGUACAAAUUUCGGGAUAUUCUGUUGAAACUAACUUUGGACAGGACUUGGACGCUAAGCCUUUUAGCUAUGAUAUUUCAAAGCAUUUGGUGGCUGAAGAAUUUUAUGAAUUUUAUUAA